AUGGCUACAAGGAAGCUGAUUCGUGAUUUCUUACUCUCACAACGAUCUCUUAUUCUUCCACACCAAGUUGUGAAAACGAGGCUGUUUUUGAAUUCGGCUGAUAGACGUGGAUACAGUGUCUUCAAUGAGUUCUCUAAGAAGGUUAAAGAUGAAACUGUUAGAAACCCAGAAUUCCAACAGUCUGUGAAGGAGCUGAAGGAAAAAGCAGAAGAACUGAAAGGGGUAAAAGAAGGUCUGAAAGAAAAAACAAAGCAGACAUUUGAGCAGCUGUACAAACAAGCGGACGGCGUGUGGACAGAAGCUGAAGCUGCUGCAAAAAAGGUUUCUUACAACGUUAGAGAGAAAAUUUCAGCUGCAACUGAAAAGGUGAAAGAAACUCAUGGGACAGAAAAGCAGGACUCUUCAGGAUCAACUGAUUCUUCAACAAAACAGGACGCUGAUGCGCAAGGAAGUCAUACAUCACACGAGGAAGAGAAAAACCAGCAAUUUACGUCCGAUAAUGCUUCAGAGUCGUUGUUUGGCAAAUUUAAGUCAACCUUUUCGUCCCCAAAUGUUUCCACUUCCUUUCAAAAAUUAAAGGAUGCAAAAAUUGUGGACAUAACCAAGAAAGGUUAUGACAUACUAAAGGAGGAAUUAAGUAGUAACCCAACUAAGAGACGGCAUGUUCGAUCUACUUUUAAUGGCGAAACAAGCACAAGAACUGAUCUUGUUGUUACGCCCUCUACCCAAUCUGGGUGGAGUAAAAAGUUUGAUGAGAUCAAGGAUAAGGUGAAAAGCUUUCCAGCAUUCAAGCGAUUCAUUAAGUAUACUGACCCAGUGAAGACAAAAAGUCAGGAGAUAGUAGAGGAUUUGCGGGAAAGAUACGAUACAAGUGACAACCCCAUUAUUCACAAAAUACAGGACAUCAACGAUACCAUGUUUCAUGAGACCGAUGCUGCACUUUCAUAUAAAGAAAUACGUCAACGGGAUCCUUAUUUUUCCUUAACGGAGUUUGUGGGAGAAGUGCAGGAGGCAAUAAAACCCGUGCUUAAUGCUUACAUCAAGGGAGAUGUUGAAACACUGAAGAAGUACUGCAGCCCUCAGCUGAUCGAACGUUGUAAAGCAGAGCAUAGUGCGUAUAAAAGUCAUGGUAUCUUCUUUGAUAACAAGAUACUGCAUAUUUCCGAUGUGGAUGUAAAAGAAACCAAGAUCUUGGGAUCCUCUCCGGUCAUUAUUGUAGUGUUUCAAACACAGCAAAUCUAUUGUGUACGAGAUAAGAACGGGGCAAUAACAGAAGGAGGCAAGGAUACAAUCCACACUGUAUUCUAUCUAUGGGCGUUGCAACAAAUGGACCAAGAAGAUCAUGGUGAGGACGCAAUUUAUCUAAUGUGGAGACUAAGUGAGAUGCAGCAGCAAGGCAUACAAGCUCUCAUCUAG